CGAAUAGAUAUGAGUUGAUUUAUAAAUAGUCUAGCAUUCUUUAUUUUUCCGAUGAAUUAAAUCGAAACGGAAGAGGAUAAUUUGUACUUUGUAAACAAUAAGUGAUACCCUUUAAUAAGAAGUUUUCUAUCUACGUAGCAAAACCACAAUGCAUCAUAUGAUAAAAGGAUAAUUUUUAAAAGGAAGCGCAGAAAAUGCCACACCUGAUAGAGAAAUCAACGGAUGAACAAUCCAAGAAAAUCAAACGAUUCAGAAGACCGAGUUUUAAAGAAGAUAAUGAAUAUAUGAGUAAACCAGCGUUGCAACCUGAGACAGAGUACCUAUUCCAGCAACAGUUUCUAGAACUUGCACAUUGGAAAGACUUAGACAAUGUCAAUAAGAAAACCAAAAAACAUAAACGGAAGCUGCGGCCCUAUGGAAAACGCAUUGAUGAGAACACUUUACCAGCGCUUCAAACAGAGACAGAAUACAUGGAUCACCAGUAUCACCUAGCUGUUGCGCAAAAUGUUCAUAUGCUAAGCAAAGUAGAAAAGCUUGAAGACUUACUCUUGACUAAGAAUGAUGAAAUAGACGCAUUGAGAGAUUACGUUAAAAAGAACAGACAAAAACAAAAACAAAUUACAAAUCACAAGCAUGAACAUAAUGAAAUUGAUGUACAAUCUCCUGCUAUUGCAACAGAAAAGAAGCAGUUAGAAACAAUAGAAAAAAGAUAUGAAGCAAUAAUCUCACAAAAAGAUAGAGAAAUUAUGGAACUUAUUAACACUUUACGAUUGUAUAACAGACUAAUGGAAACUGAAUAUCUCAAACAUUCAACUCAUGAAAUGAUAUCCGAAGCCAACUCACAAAAGAAUGAGUUAAUAGAAUGUGUUCAGUCCAUGGAUUUACUCCUAUCGAAAAAAGAUGGCGAAAUAGCCUUACUUAAACAAAAUGUAGAAACGAAAUUCAACGAAAUAGAGAAUUUGAAUAAAGAAGCUGAAAGGAAAACAACCCUAAUGGAAGAAUCUCAAUUAAGAUUUGCAAGAUUAAUUGAUCGUGAAAGAAAUACAGAAAGAGAAAAUAUCCUAUUAAAAUUGAAACUUCGAAAUGCGAAGAAAAAAUAUUUGGAAUUGGGAGUAGAUUUAACUGAUGAAGAUGGAAUAUUUGACAUUGAAGAGCACAAGGAAAAUAUGCAGCAAGAUCUUAAGAGUGAUACCGAUAAUUUUUCAACAUGCAAUCAAAAUCAAACGGUCUUUUCAUCGACAACAAGUAAUUUAAACAGCAUAAGGCAGAUAACAUCGGAGCAACAUAGAAUUUUUCACAUCAGUGCAAAUACUGUACAGAUUAGUGACAACGCGCCCACUACUAAUAUUAGCAUGAAUAGGACCAAAUCUUUUGACGAAACCAACCGACAGUGUGAGCUCGAAGAAUCAGAAUACAGUCAAGCGAUUCAGAAUUAACCACCAUCGUACAAAUGUUUAUUGAAACAAUUAUUUUUAUACAUGAUAUAGGUUGCACUUUGUAAAUACAGCUGUUUCACAAGCCACGCCUCUUUUGGGGAGAUAUAUAAUAUUCAUAGAUAUGUUAAUUUGUUAACGUACUGGUUCCCAGAUAUGAUCUCUGUGUUUCAUAUCAUAGAGACAUAACUAGGGAAUGUUACCAGUAUAGAAAAUCAUGGAAGCGCCUAAAAUUUAAUUCUAAGGAGGUAGGGCUAGUAUAGAAUUUUAGUAUAAGUUUAAACUCUUAGAAGUUCAGGGCAUAUAAAUGUUGAAAUAUGCCGCACAGCCCUAUAUUUUGACCUUUGAAUAAAAUAGUAGUGCAUAUCAACUUUCCGUUCUGGGAUAUAAUUUUUCACGAAACUUCACAAUAAAAGUUGCACAGUUAUAGCCGCAAAGGCAGUUCCUAUGGGAAAUUGCAUUGUCUAUAUUUACAGAAUUGCAACCUAUAUUAGUUUUAGUUUGAUCUUCGCACUUUCUGUCUUUUUAAACAUAAACGACUUAAUUACUUUGCCUUAUUUACCUGAAGAAUGGUAUUUCACAUUUUGUUAACUUAUUAGACGUGCGUCAUUCCUUACAGCAGUGUUUAAAAAAAAAUGUUUUAUUAUCCUUGAUAUAUUUUAAUCUAUAAUGGUAAAAACACAUAUUGUUGUCGCGAUUGAUAAAUAAAAACAUAAAUUGCGCUGUAAAGAUAAAGAACAAAGCAUUGAUUAGUAUUACAUUUUAACGAAAUUCAUUUUAAAUCAUCAGUUAUUUUGAUUUUUAAACAAAAUUCAAAUAUAUUCCGUGUUAAACUACUUAGAUGUUGUUAAUCGUCGUAUGAUCUUUUAUACGUGUUAUAUGUGGUAACAAAAUUAAUUAGAGAAAAGUUCAUAUGACAAUUUUCUCAUGAUUUUAAUUUCAAGAGUUUAAAAACAUUAUACAUAUAGUAAGACCUACUAAUUAUCCCUUUUUGGGGGUUGAAACUAAAAAUGUAAAUAUAUAUUUAUAUAUCAACUUUUCGUUAAAUCUUCCUGUUUUGGAUUGAAAGACUAAUUAACAAACUUUACAAAAACAGUUACUUCAAGAAUCCUUUAAAUUUUGGAUAACAAAAUCGUUGAACAGUUCUAGAAUACUCUAUAUAAUUGUUUCGAUUAUUGCAAAGUGCCAUAUAUGAUUCCCCCUUCAUCCCGACCACCCAAUAUUGUAUAAACAUUUUUUAUCUUACUCUUUUUUGUAUUUGAUCUCAAUUUAAUACAAAACACCUCUAGUUGGUACAAACAAGAAUACAGUCUUGUUAAUGGUUGAUCUCGAUAAUUAAACAGGGUAAACAUGUAUUCUCUAUCAUUUUUAUAACAUAAACAAAGGCAGAUACAAUUUUAAAUCUU